UCUAGCUUCGUGAGGUCCGGAUGCUUCUGUUAUUAGAAUGAUGGACCAGAAAGGACCAAAAAUAUAAACGCAGGAUCCAUAAAUGUUGUGUCUUUUUCAGGAUGUGUUAUUUGUUUGUUCUGAAAGCUGGACCAUAAAAGGUCAUCAGGCAAACAGGGACCCUGUAAUUUGCAACCAGAAUAUAUAGAAUAGAAUAAUAACAGAACUGGAAGAGACCUUGGAGGUCUUCUAGUCCAACUCCCUGCUCCGGCAAGAAACCCUACACCACUUCAGACAAAUGGCUGUCCAAUCUCUUCUUGAAAACCUCCAGUGUUGGAGCACCCACAGCUUCUGGAGAUCAAAAUGUCUCUCCUUCCAUUUUCUUCCACAAUGAAAAUAGAAGCAGAUGCGAGGCAGGUUGGAUGGAAAGAAUGGCAGAGAGCACGAAGACCUCUGUUGGAUUAACUAAGAAAAGACAAGUUUUCCGCAAUAUGAAGAGAAAGCAUAAUUGUGAAGGCAUGAACAGGGCAAGCGUUUCCAAGCCACAACUUCUAUGUCUACUUCUAUUUUGGGGGAUUCUGCUCUUUUCUGCUGAGGGGACAUCAAAGCACCAUGUUCCAAGACUGAAACUCUCUUACAAAGACUUGCUGCUUUCGAACAGCUGCAUCCCGUUCCUGGGCUCGGCGGAAGGACUGGAUUUUCGGACCCUGCUGCUUGAUGAAGAAAGGGGUCAUCUCCUGCUCGGCGCUAAGGACCACAUAUUCCUGCUCAGCUUAGUCGACUUAAACAAAAAUGGAAACAAGAUAUUUUGGCCCGCAGCAAAGGAAAAAGUGGAUUUAUGUAAACUAGCUGGGAAAGACGCCCAUACAGAUUGUGCCAACUUUAUCAGGGUCCUUCAGCCUUACAACAAGACUCACGUUUAUGUCUGCGGUACGGGAGCUUUUCAUCCGGUCUGUGGCUACAUCGAUCUCGGAACACACAAAGAGGAUGUCAUGUUCAGAUUUAAUACUCACCACCUGGAAUCUGGCAGGCUGAAAUGUCCCUUUGACCCCCAGCAGCCUUUUGCAUCGGUCAUGGCAGAUGGCUACCUUUACUCUGGAACAGCCUCCGACUUCCUUGGCAAGGACACGGCGCUCACCCGAUCUCUGGGCGCAUCGCAAGACCAGCACUGCAUCAGGACGGAUAUGUCCGAACACUACUGGUUGAACGGAGCAAAGUUCAUUGGAAUCUUUCCUAUCCCAGACACCUAUAAUCCAGACGAUGACAAAAUCUAUUUCUUUUUCCGAGAAGUUUCCCAAGAGAGCAGCACCUCCGAGAGAGCCAUUCUUUCCUACGUCGGCCGCGUCUGUCAGAAUGACAUUGGAGGUCAACGCAGCCUGAUCAACAAGUGGACAACAUUCCUGAAAGCCAGACUGGUUUGCUCCAUCCCAGGUCCAGAAGGAGCCGAUACACAUUUUGAUGAACUCCAAGACAUAUUCUUGCUUUCCACGAGAGACGAAACGAACCCCGUGGUCUAUGGCGUUUUCACAACCACCAGUUCUGUGUUCAAGGGCUCAGCGGUUUGUGUCUACAGCAUGGCCGACAUCCGAGCAGUCUUCAGCGGCUAUUACGCCCACAAAGAAAGUGUGGACCACCGCUGGGUUCAGUACGAUGGGCGAAUUCCCUAUCCUAGGCCUGGCACAUGUCCGAGCCGAACCUACGACCCCACGGUCAAGACCACCCGGGAUUUCCCCGAUGACGUCAUCAGUUUCAUCAAGCGCCACCCCUUGAUGCACAGAGCGGUCCAGCCGGUGGGCCGGGCUCCGGUCUUCACCCAGGUCAACGUGGACCACCGGCUGACCCAGAUCGUGGUGGAUCGAGUCACGGCCGAAGACGGACAGUAUGACGUCCUGUUUCUAGGGACAGAUGCUGGAACUGUGCUGAAAGUUUUGAGCAUCACCAAAGAAAAAUGGGACAUGGAAGAGGUGAUCCUGGAAGAACUACAAGUAUUCAAGCAUCCAUCACCUAUCUUGACCAUGGAAAUGUCUCCAAAGCAGCAACAAUUGUACAUUGGUUCCAGAGAUGGGCUGGCUCAGCUUUCCUUGCACAGAUGCCACACAUAUGGGAAGGCGUGUGCUGAUUGCUGCCUUGCCAGAGACCCGUAUUGUGCUUGGGAUGGAAAUUCCUGCUCCAGAUACACCCCAACUUCCAAAAGGCGUGCAAGGAGGCAAGAUGUGAAAUACGGAGACCCCAUUACCCAGUGCUGGGACGUUGAAGACAGCCUUAGUCUUGAAACCGGGGACGAAAAGGUGAUUUUCGGCAUUGAAUUUAACUCAACGUUUCUGGAAUGUGUCCCAAAGUCACAGCAAGCUUCCAUCAGGUGGUUUGUUCAGCGUUCUGGAGAAGAGCACCGAGAAGAGUUGAAACCCGACGAAAGGGUCUUCAAGACAGAAUACGGGCUGCUAAUCCGUAGCUUGCAAAAGAAGGACACUGGGACGUAUUACUGUAAGGCGCAGGAACACACCUUUGUCCACACCAUCGUGAAGUUAAACUUGAACGUCAUCGAGAACGGACAGAUGGAGAACAGUCACAGAGUGGAAGAAGAACCGAGCCGGACGCGAGAUCUCCAAGCCGAGUCCCGGCUGAGAUACAAAGAUUAUCUCCAGCUGCUUAGCAGUCCCAGCUUCAGCCUGGACGAGUACUGUGAGCAGAUGUGGCACCGGGAAAAGAAACGGCAGCGUAACAAAGGCGGUCCAAAAUGGAAGCAUGUUCAAGAGAUUAAGAAGAAACGGAACCGGAGGCAUCACCAGCCCUCAUCCACAUAGCUCCUAGGUCUUAUUUAAGAGACAGUUGUGCCAUGGAGAGUACUUUUGCUGUGGUUGUGGUGGGCUUCUCUCCAGCAAUGUUGCUUCUCAAAGAGACCUGGUGGCACAUAAUCACCAAGGUCCUUGAGAUCUUUGGACAAAUAGACCAUUAAUGGGGGGAAGCCUUUGGGAUUUGUAUGUUCCUCAGUUCUGAACUGAGAUAAAACAAUGCUCUGCAAAGUUCCUUGAUGAAGGAGAUCCAGGGGCUGCUUCCCCAAGGUUGAACAAAAGGCCUGUGGGAUGAUUGAACUAUUAAGUUCAAGGAAACUAAAAAAUAGGUGUGGCUGUCAGACUGUGAGAUUUCUUCCAGCCAUCCAUAGAUCCUCAUCCAGACACAUUUUGGGUCCACCCACAAAUGUCCUGGGUGGAAUGGACAGGUGAGAAAGGCUUUGUAUUAGGGAAGAAGAGGGAUGCCUUCGUAUAUCAAACCAGUGUAAUCUUAGCUUCAUAGAAAGAAGGUGGACAUGAGUGGCAACCGGUUGGACCACUGUCUGUUGAAAGAAUACACCGACACAGAUUGGAACUGCCAACAGAUGGAAGACAAUUGAGCAGAAGGUUGGACUAGAAGACCUCCAAGGUCCCAUCCAACCCUAUUAUUCUAUCUUCUCAUAUCCAGGAGGCAAGUGGGUGGCCAGCGCAGAAUUUCUGGCAACACCCAUUUUCUUUGGAAGAUAUUUUUUUGUCCCUCUUCUCCACGUCUCUCUUGCCUUACCACGUUAACUCUCUUGCUGCUUUUCAGGUGUUUCUUUCACAUGAAAUCUAGACCGAUUAACUCUACCGGCAAAAGGAGGGGAGCAGCAUUGUUGAGAAGAUGUGGGAAAACAGCCUUUUCCCCGGUAUGUUAGAAGCCUUAGCGCAUUGGCGGAAAUUGUGUUUUAUAUUUUUACUAAAAUAAAAUGAAAACAAAGUCCAUGUGUAAAUAAUGCGCACAAAAGAGAUGGGCAGCUUCAAAAAUUUUGUAAAAUAUUCUCUUUUUUUUUUUUAAUUUUUAACUUUUUGCUGCUUAAAUGAUUGAUACGUUUUUGCAAAAGGACGCCUUAUUUUCAGCAGGUUGUUACUCUCAAGCAGACAAAUGAAACAGGCCAGCCAAAGUUACAAUCCUGGUUUCAUAGAAGCUGGUUUGUAGCAUCAGAAGCGAGACGGAGGAGAGCCUAGUUUGCUGAUUUUUCAGGCUGUUUUUGCACAAGCAUUGUCUUCUUGACGCCAAUUCUCCAUCCGUUGCCCUUACCUCACCUAACGCCCUACUGUUUCAUGCCUUUUGUCAGUGUGAAAUGACAAAUUAGCCAUUUUCCUUACAGGUUUUGAUUGAUACCAAAAACGGCAGGUUUUUCUUAUUUCUCAUGCGUUCUCUUUCAUCUUGGGAGUAAAUUUUGUGGGAAAUCCAUGUAAUUGGCGUGGCACUCAAUAAAACAGAGGCUGGUUUUGAUUCCCAGCUUUGGGGGGGAAAUAGAUGUUUCUUUACGUA